UUGCGAAACCCGGCAUUUUUCUGGCACUCCUGGGCUCACUGGACCGGAAAGAGUUGCUCUCCUCUCCCUCCCUGCCCACCUUGGUUCUCUAGGUUUGGCCGCCGGACCACCUUCGUGCUUCCCUUGAUACUGUCCAUCCCGCUGGGACUCACUGUGGCGCUGGCGGUGGAUUACCUCAUGCUGGUUAUCGCGCGGCUGCUCUUUGGGGCCAUGCUGGCUGGGACCUUCCUCUCCCUCUACGUGGCACGCCUGGAGUUGUGUGACCCCCCCCACCGCCUGAUGGUCACUAUGAGUGCCAGCUUCUUCUGGGUUGCUGGGCAGCUGUUCCUGCCAGGACUGGCCGUGGCCUGCGGGGAAUGGCGGCUGCUCCAGGGAGCCAUCACGCUGGGGCUUGCUCUGCUGGCCGCUUGCUGGUGGUCUCCUUCUCUGUUUCUCGAGUCAGCCCGCUGGCUCUUGGCCACUCAGCAGCUGGAAAAGGGCAGGCGGGCCCUGCUGGACCUGGCCAGGGGCAACGGAGUCAGCCCAGAAAAUAGCUCCCCGACGGGGGAGCCCCUCUUGGCAGAGCUGGACAGCUGGCCAGGCGGCAGCCCCCGAGCAGAGUACCACAGCGUCUGCCGGCUCUUCAGCACGCGGGUGGUGUGGAAGAACAGCCUCAUUCUUGGCUUCACUGCGUUCAUCGGGAGCGGGAUCCGUCACUGCUUCACCCGCAACUUGGCUCCGUACGGGCCCCACUUUUACUUCCCCUAUUUCCUGAUGGCGGGGAGCGAGGCGGCGGCUGUGCUCUUCCUCUGCCUGACAGUGGACCGCUUUGGCCGCCGGGCCAUCCUGCUCCUCAGCACCGUCCUGACUGGCGUUUCCUCCCUGCUGCUGCUGGCCCUGAUGCAGUACUUGAUGACAUGGCUCAUCUUGGCCCUCUCCGUCCUGGGCAUUCUGGCAUCCCAAGCUGUCGCUGCCCUCAGUGUCUUCUUCGCCGGCGAGGUGCUGCCCACCGUGGUCAGGGGAGCCGGGCUGGGCCUCAUCCUGGCUGCUCACACGAUGGGCCAGGCGGCCACCCCCAUCAUGGACAUCCACCACAGUCGGGGUUUCUUCCUCCACCACGUGGUCUUCGCCUCCUUCGCCAUCCUCUCCGUGCUCAGCAUCAUGCUCCUCCCCGAGAGCAGCCACCGGCCCCUGCCGGACUCCAUGCAGGAGGGGGAGACCCAGCACCGGCCCCCGCUCUUCCACCCCUCUCGCCAUCGCCGCCGCCAGGACCAGCUGCCGCUGCUUUCCACCCACUCAGGGGCCAGCCCCUACGACCCCGACACCUACGCCCACCUCGUCACGGCCACCAAGAAGAUGCUGGACAGCCGCGCGGGACCCGCCGGCACUUGGGGGCAAGGAAACCCAUUGUCCCCGGAGCCCUAACAGCACAGCAGCGCCCCAGAGGAGAGUAGCACUGCUGGGGCCAAACUGCCAGGGGCCCCGUGCCCCAUGAGGGGACUUUUCUGGUCCUGGUGUGAUCUGGUUUCCAGUCAUGGGGCAGGCAGAAGUGGGAGGCCUCUGGCCCUCUUUUCUUGAGGAAGGACUGAUCCAGCGCCACGGGGCCUCCACUUCCUUUCCGGCCACGCAAUAAACCAUGUGCUGCCUUUGUA